UUCGUCGCGUUUCUGAGGCGACGCCUCAGCGGGCAGUUAGCCACCGUGCAGGGAGCUGCUCGGAGCGGUGGGUCUCGGCCCCAGCGUCACCAUGGGGGCCGUCCUCGGCGUCUUCUCCCUCGCCAGCUGGGUUCCAUGCCUCUGUGGUGGUGCAUCAUGUCUGCUGUGCAGUUGUUGUCCCGGCAGUAAGAAUUCCACCGUAACUCGGCUCAUCUAUGCUUCUAUUCUCAUCCUGGGCGCUCUUGUGUCUUGGAUCAUGAUGACAGAAGGCAUGCAAACUCAGCUGAAGAAGAUUCCUGGAUUCUGUGAAGGAGGAUUUCAAAUCAAGAUGAUUGAUACAAAGGCAGAGAAAGAGUGUGAUGUGCUGGUCGGUUUUAAAGCUGUGUAUCGGAUCAACUUUGCUGUGGCCAUCUUCUUCUUUGCCUUCUUUUUGCUCAUGUUAAAAGUUAAAACAAGUAAAGAUCCCAGAGCAGCAGUACACAAUGGGUUUUGGUUCUUCAAAAUUGCUGCCAUUAUUGGUAUCAUGGUUGGAUCUUUCUACAUCCCUGGGGGCCAUUUCACAAAAGUCUGGUUUAGUGCUGGAAUGUUUGGGGCCACUUUCUUCAUUUUCAUCCAGCUGGUGCUCUUGGUAGACUUGGCCCACUCUUGGAAUGAAUUAUGGGUAAAUCGAAUGGAGGAGGGAAACCCAAGGCUCUGGUAUGCUGCCUUGCUGUCCUUUACAAGCCUCUUCUACAUCCUGUCGAUCAUCUUCGCCGCGCUGCUCUACGUCUUCUACACCAAGCCCGACGGCUGCACGGAAAACAAGGUCUUCAUCAGCCUGAACCUGAUUUUUUGUGUUGCAGUUUCUAUUGUAUCCAUCCUCCCCAAAGUUCAGGAACAUCAGCCUCGCUCUGGCCUCCUGCAGUCCUCCAUCAUCACUCUGUACACCCUAUACCUCACGUGGUCCGCCAUGACCAAUGAACCUGAGCGCUCCUGCAACCCCUCCCUUGUGAGCAUCAUCACACACUUAACUUCACCAACUGUGUCUCCAGCGAAUUCAACCACUCUUGCUCCUGCCUAUGCUCCACCAUCACAGAGUGGACACUUCAUGAAUUUGGAUGAUAUUUGGGGACUGGUUAUCUUUGUUUUCUGCCUUAUAUAUUCUAGCAUCCGUACUUCAAGCAACAGCCAAGUUAACAAGCUGACCCUCUCUGGGAGUGACAGUGUUAUCCUUGGUGAUACCACCAAUGGAGCCAGUGACGAAGAAGAUGGACAGCCUCGGCGGGCUCUAGACAAUGAGAAGGAGGGGGUGCAGUAUAGCUAUUCCUUUUUCCACUUGAUGCUCUGCUGUGCCUCCUUGUACAUCAUGAUGACUAUAACCAGCUGGUACAGCCCGGAUGCCAAAUUCCAGAAGGUAUCCAGCGAGUGGAUAGCUGUGUGGGUCAAAAUGGGCUCCAGCUGGGUGUGCCUCCUCCUUUACCUCUGGACUCUUGUGGCUCCCCUGGUCCUUACAGGUCGGGACUUCAGCUGAGCUCAGUGUGUCAAGGACACUGCUAAAGCUGAAAGAGUCUCCUUUCCUGAAAAUGCAUAUCCAUUUUACGUUUCAUCAACUAGACUAUUAAGUGAACGCUUUGCAGAUUUGGCUGUCUUCAGGUUUAUAUCAAAAGGCAAGAUUGAAUAAUGCUUGAUGCAGAGUCUGAGCUUUCAUAUACAUACAUACAUAUUAUGUUUAUUUGUAAGGCUAUAGCACAAAGGGAACAUUUUUGUGUUUUAACAUGAACUACAGCUGUGCUGUGAAGAGAAUUCUUUAUAAAGACCUGUAGAUUCCUACAACUUUGGUUUAAGUUGUAAGUUAGAAGAUUGUUGGAUAUUUAAGGCUAUCUUUAAUAUAUUUCUAUUACUGUCUCCUUAAAAACCAAAAAGGAAUGCAUUAAUCUACAUUUCCCUUCUUCAGAGGUGUAUCGUCCCGGUUCUUGGCAAGGAAUCAUGUAUGUAGGUCCUUCCCUGGAAAUGCAGCUGCUCAUAAGGCUGGGAGAAGGCUGUUGAGUUCCUUUACUUACUCUUUAUACUACACUGAUGCUGCUUGAUAGGAGUCUGUCAGAUAUGUCACCCCAGUAAAUGCUUUGUAGGUCUGAUUAAAAUGAAAAGUUCACUUGGGAAGCAGUGCAGUGUUAUGUAAUGAUCUUGUUUAUGAGUGUGUAAAAGUCAAAGGCAUGUCAGUUUAUCACAUUUGCAACAUAAAAAAGUACUUAAUUAAAAUAGAUAUUUAGUUUCUUG